AUGCAGAUCAAGCAUCUGCUCUUCAACUUCCUCGCCCUGGCCGUCACGGUCAAGGCUCUCCCUCACGCUGAGGCCGAGGACUUUAGUCUCGAGGCCCGGGAGGAUACCCUCGUUGAGCGCGGUGGCUACGGAUGUGGCCCCGAUGCUACCGAGCAGUACGGUGCCUGCGUCUGCAAGGACUCCAAGGCCAAGUGGGACGAUAGCAAGAAGAAGUGCAUCUGUCCCUAUGGCCUGACCCUCAAGAACAGCAAGUGUGUCUGCCCUGACGGACAGACAUACAAGGACGGAAAGUGUCAGCCCAACUGCCCCGACGGCCAAGUCUACAAGGACGGCAAAUGUCAAUGUCCUCCUGGCAAGGUCUCUGGCCCCUACGGAAAGUGCGUCUGCCCCGAAGGCAAGGUCGAGAAGAACGGAAAGUGUGUCUGCCCUGAUGGUCAAGUCGAGAAGUACGGCAAGUGUGCUUGCCCCGACGGCCAAGUCUACAAGGACGGCAAAUGCCAAUGCCCUCCUGGACAGACGCUCAAGUAUGGAAAGUGCACAUGCCCCGAUGGACAGACAUACAAGGACGGCAAAUGCCAGUGCCCUCCCGGCAAGGUCCCCGGAAAGUACGGAAAGUGCGUCUGCCCUGAGGGACAGGUCGAGAAGUACGGCAAGUGCACAUGCCCCGACGGCCAGACUCUCAAGGAUGGCAAGUGUGUGUGCCCCCCCGGCCAGAGCCUGAAGUACGGAAAGUGUGUCUGCCCCAAGGGACAGGAGUACAAGAACGGGAAGUGCCAAUGCCCGCACGGCAAGGUCCCCGGCAAGUACGGAAAGUGUGUGUGCCCCGAAGGCCAGGUUGAGAAGUACGGCAAGUGUGUCUGUCCCGAUGGUCAGAUCUUCAAGGACGGCAAAUGCCAGUGCCCUCCCGGUCAGACCCUCAAGUACGGCAAGUGUGUCUGCCCUGACGGCCAGGUCUACAACAAGGAGUCCAAGAAGUGCGAAUGCCCCAAGGGACAGGUCUGGAAGUACGGAAAGUGCGUCUGCCCUGAUGGCCUCAUCUUCAAGGACGGAAAGUGUCAGUGCCCUGAGGGUCAGACUCUGAAGUACGGCAAGUGUGUCUGCCCUGACGGCCAGAACUACAACAAGCACACCAAGAAGUGCGAGUGCCCUGAGGGUCAGAUCUUCAAGUACGGAAAGUGUGUCUGCCCCGACGGCCAGGUUUACAACAAGCACUCCAAGAAGUGUGAAUGCCCCUCUGGUCAGAUCUUCCGCUACGGCAAGUGUGUCUGCCCCGACGGCCUCGAGUGGAACAAGCACAGCAACAAGUGCGAGUGCCCCGCCGGUCAGACUCUCAAGUACGGCAAGUGUGUCUGCCCUGAUGGUCAGGUUUACAACAAGCACGCCAAGAAGUGCGAGUGUCCUCGCGGCCAGAUCUUCCAGUACGGCAAGUGUGUCUGCCCCAACGACAAGGUUUGGAACAAGUGGCACAAGAAGUGCGAGUGUCCUGCCGGCCAGGUUGAGAAGUAUGGCAAGUGUUCGUGCCCCGAUGGCAAGGUCUGGAACAAGCACGAGAACAAGUGCAAGUGUCCCGACGGCCAGAUCGAGAAGUACGGAAAGUGCACUUGCCCCGACGGUCAGGUCUGGAACAAGCACUCCAACAAGUGCGAAUGCCCUAAGGGUCAGGUCUUUGAGUACGGCAAGUGUGUCUGCCCCAAGGGCAAGGUUUGGAACAAGUGGAACAAGAAGUGCGAGUGCCCCAAGGGUCAGGUCGAGAAGUACGGCAAGUGUGUCUGCCCUGAUGGUCAGGUCUGGAAGCACGGAAAGUGCCAGUGCCCUGACGGUCAGUACUACGACCGCUGGUCCAAGUCCUGCAAGUGCCCCAAGGGCCUGAGCUGGAACGGACACAAGUGCCAGAACAACUGCGGCCCCGAUGCUGAGUACAAGAACGGCGGCUGCGUCUGCAAGAAGAACGGCCAAGUCUUUGACAAGCACACCAAGAAGUGCAGCUGCAAGGGCGGCAUGACCUGGGACGACUGGAAGAAGCAGUGCCGAUGCCCCAAGGGCACCAGCUGGAACUCUUACGCCAACGAGUGCCGCAAGGGUGGCUACGGCUACGGAUACUAA